AUGGUGGUGGUGGUGGUGGUGGUGGUGGUGGUGGUGGUAACUAGUGGUGGUGGGUUAGAGUGUGGGCUUGGAGUUCCCAGCACAUCCAUCAGCUUCAACGACCACGUGCUCUUUCCGGCGCACCCGUCUCCCAGAUCGACCCCUAGUCAACAACAGCUUCGAAACGCAUCUCUGCCCCAGAACCGUAGAGUAAGCGAAAUCGUUCACGGUCUCGGAUACACCACUUCGCCGUCUUCAUUCAGCCAUCGGUCUUCAGUUUCUUCCUACCCAGCAACUUCCACCCAGCCCCAGCUCCUGUCGGACAACCCCCAGCAGCAACUCUCGCCUAUCCUCAAUCCUAAGGUCGCUGCGAGAUACUAUAAUCGGAUCGCUCCUCACAGGUCUGCAAUGACUCAAGAUCAGACCAAAUUCGUCGAUCCGGACGUGUGGAACGAGGAUCUGUGGGCACACGAUCUCGCCGCCACAGGCUCUGAGUUCUCCCCCAACAUCGGCAGCGUCGACAUCUGUUCGGGAAGCACAGUAUCUCCCUCGGAGAUACUGAUGAACAACCCCACAAUGCCGACCCCGACCUUCUCGUCUCCGUACCUCUUCGACUCACCGUCGGAGGGGUACGAGACAUCACCUCUCUUUGGCGUCGAUGACGUUUCCGACAGCAACGGCUGGUUCAGUCUCUUCCCCGACACCAACCCGGACUCCGAGGAGCCUGGUCUCGUCACCCCUUCACAGAACCACCACCACACACAGCACUCGCCCCACCAGAACACUGGUGACGAGAUGAUGGAGGAGGAGGACUCGCGGGACUCAUCCGACUCCCCCGGGACCUCGCCCAAGUUCUCGGGUUCGUCCCGCGGAGAGAAGCGCUCCUCCACCUCGGGCAUCCGCAAGCGCUCGAUGCCCCUCCCUCCCAUCGUUGUCGAGGACCCCAGCGAUAUCAUCGCUAUGAAGCGGGCCCGCAACACUCUCGCCGCGCGAAAGUCCCGCGCCAAGAAGGCCGAGAAGAUGGACGAGAUGGAGGUCAUGAUUGAGAGGUUGCAGGCUGAGGUCGAGCACUGGAAGAACAUCGCGCUCAACAAGGAGGCGAUGUGAACGAUCGGGGAGUUUUUAUUUAUUUAUUUCUUGCACAUAAAAGUUUCCUUUUUGUUUCUUUCUUUCUUUGGGUCGCUAUUUAUCUGGUGUGCUCUCGACUUUGGUCGUUCUUGCUUCGAAUUUCUCUUCCGGUGUUCGCUAUCAUGCGUCUUUUAGUUGUUUUUUUUGGAUGGAAUUGGAAAUCACGUCUUCUUUCCCUUUCCUGUUUCUGUGACGGCCGUACCUACCUAUUUCUUGUUGUGGUUUCUUCUUCUUUUACCUUCUUCUUUUACUCUGAGGGUGCCUCCAUGGCGGGGCUGCAAAUGCGAAUGAAAACAUUUUGCAGAAACUAUCGCUUCCGUGCCUGCCGUCUAGAAGAUACUAGUAGUAGUCCACCUAAAGUAAGAACUACUCUAGUAUAGUUACCGUGAAUCGACGAUCGUGAGGUUCGUUUCUAGCGAGGCGGAUGAUUUUUCAGCCGGACUGUGCUCCGCCGCUAUGGAGGGAUGAGGC